UUGCAGGAGAAAUUGUUAGCUAACUAUAGUAGCGAUAUAAGACCCAUCAGGAAUCAAUCUGAAGCCAUGAACAUUAGUUUAAGUUGUACUAUAGAGGGAGUUACCGACGUUAACGAUGUCUUACAAACUGUGUCCUUGAGCAUUGUCCUUAAACUCAUGUGGAUAGAUGAACUUCUUCAAUGGGAUAGAGAUGACUACGGCAUUGAAUAUAUCACCAUUCCCGAUUCUAGAAGAUGGACACCAAAAUUGAUGACGUUAAACUCCAUGAAUAAAAGAUCUAUCUUUUCUGAUGAAACACACCCUUACCUUAUGAGUUAUGAAGGCAAAGCAGAAUGGCUCCCAGCGACCUACUUUACUAUUUAUUGCCAGUUAGAUAUGACAAACUUUCCGUUCGAUGAACAGACAUGUGAAUUCUACAUCCUACCCAUUGAUUUUCAGACAGAUCAGUUGACACUGUAUUUUGAGAAUCAGCCUGAUCUGAAAAUAUUGCAAGAAAAUGGAGAAUGGGAUGUAGUUCGUUUAGAAGGUGAAGAACUAUCAUCCAAAUCUCUAUCAAGACAACGCCUUGUGGUAACAAUAACAUUAAAACGCAGAUCAACAUUUAUGCUUUUAAACGUAUUCUUACCUGUAAUAGUGUUAUCUUUCUUAAAUGUAGCAGUUUUUGUAGUACCAACGAAUUCGGGA